UGGGGAUUAGUUCCCUCCCCUGUAAGUGUUUCCUUAUCAGCACUCUGAAUGCACAGCUGCUUUGCAAUGUUUUUUCUUUUACAUAACAUUAAGAGACUCAUGCCAUAGCAUUCUUUUCCUACUUAGUCUCACUAUGUGACAUAUUGUCCUCAUUUGCAUGGUACAUUAAUAAGUAUUUUGAAAUGACACCACUAAGAGAAAUUAAAUAUGCAGUCAGCCGUUACAACUGAAGCAGAGUACUUAAACAGGAAGCUUAACUUUGUGUGGUUAGCCGAGCAUUGCAGUGCACUCCACUGCAUACAACAGGAAGCCAGUGUCACUCACUGGUCUUUGGUCUGAAAACGGUUACUUAGCCUUCAAGCCUUAUCACUCAUACAUCAAUAAAAUGUCUCAGGGAAAGGAUCAGUCUUUUGCAAGCCGUCUCUUCCACAAAGUUCGUAAGGGUAGCCAAGAGCAGAGGGGAAUGGAAACUGAGGUGCCUCAUAUCUCUGACUUCACCAUCAUGUGGGAUAAGUGGAUGAAAGAGUUCUUAGCUAAAGCCAAAGAAGAUUUUUUAAGAAAAUGGGAGUGUCCACCACAGUGCACAACAGGCCUGGAUGACUUCGAUAGGUUCAAGACCCUGGGCACUGGCUCAUUUGGCCGAGUCAUGCUCGUCAAACAUAAAGAAACAAACCACUUCUACGCCAUGAAGAUCUUGGAUAAACAAAAAGUGGUGAAGUUGAAGCAGAUAGAACACACACUAAAUGAAAAGAGAAUACUACAGGCAGUCUCGUUUCCCUUCCUUGUCAGACUGGAGUACGCUUUCAAGGACAACUCAAACCUCUACAUGGUGAUGGAGUAUGUGCCCGGUGGAGAGAUGUUCUCACAUCUCAGGCGAAUCGGAAGGUUCAGUGAACAUCAUGCAAGAUUUUAUGCAGCUCAGAUAAUACUCACCUUUGAGUACCUUCACUCUCUGGACCUCAUCUACAGAGACCUGAAGCCUGAAAACCUGCUCAUCGAUCAACAUGGCUAUAUUCAGGUCACAGACUUUGGCUUUGCUAAAAGAGUAAAAGGCAGAACUUGGACGUUGUGUGGAACUCCUGAAUAUCUGGCUCCAGAGAUCAUCCUCAGCAAGGGCUACAACAAAGCUGUGGACUGGUGGGCACUGGGAGUCCUCAUCUACGAAAUGGCAGCUGGUUACCCUCCUUUCUUUGCUGAUCAGCCAAUCCAGAUCUAUGAAAAGAUUGUGUCUGGCAAGGUACGAUUCCCCUCUCACUUUAGCUCAGACCUGAAGGAUCUGCUGAGAAAUCUGCUGCAGGUUGACCUGACAAAGAGAUUUGGCAACUUGAAGAAUGGCGUGAAUGACAUCAAAAAUCACAAGUGGUUCUCCACAACAGACUGGAUUGCCAUUUAUGAGAAGAAGGUUGAAGCCCCCUUUACACCAAAGUGCAGAGGACCAGGAGACACGAGCAACUUCGACGACUAUGAAGAGGAGGACAUUCGCGUCUCACAAACAGAAAAGUGUGCAAAAGAGUUCGCUGAUUUCUAGUGAGAGUGGGCCAGAGUCCCAUCAGGGCUCUCGCAUUUCGGUAUAUUUGCACUCUCUUGAGGGUUAAGGUGAAGCUGAGGCCGUCUCGUGUUCAAAACCAAUGCCUCGUUCCUUCAUUCCACACAACUGAAUGAGGUCCUUCUUGCCAUGAUCCUGCGUGCAGUUAGCACUAACCUAUACACAGGCACAUUAUGCAGACACAGUGUGCUGCAACACAGAAAUACUAGACCAUAUUUUUCAUUUUUUAUUGAUUUGUCUUUUUUCAUGUUUGCCACUUCUGAAAAGCCUCCGUUCUUAUUUUAGUUCAAAUCAUUAUUUGAAAAGCAACAUUUAAAAUUAUACCCAUGUUUAUGUGGCACAAAGAGAGACCGAUUGUAUUAGCUGGUAUUGCACACUUUGUGAUAUAAGCUUUGCAAAAAUAGAUUUUUUUUUUUUUUAACUUCGGGUUUGCAUUUUAAACUUUUUUUUCUUUUUUUGCUUAUGCAUUAUCUGUUACACGCCUGAGUUUGUUCUAAGGUUCAGUCUAUAAGUCAUCAAUCAUGAACACUUUCAGCAUAAACUGUAUUCAUUUAUUCAUCAUUCUGGUGUCCUUAAGACCUAGAACCACAAAUUUGUGCAUAUAAGAAUAUACAUAUAUGAAACAUAAGAUUUCAAAAAGAAGAUGGUUUUUCAUGAAGGAAAAGCAACUCUGAAGACUUCUUGAAGAGAUGGAUUGAUGAUGACAAGUGUUUUAUGGAGCAGAAACUUGUCAGUGCCGUAUUCACUGAUCUAUUGUAGCAUUGUUUCAUUCAUAUCUAGUCACAGGACAUUUACUUUUACCUCAGGCAUGGUCUGGUAUUAGAAGAUUUUGAAUGAGAUGCUAUAUUUUUCAGGUACAACUCUGUCUCACAAGGAAGAAAAUCUGAAGCUGUUUGAGUUUUUUUUGUCUCUAAGCAUCUGUUGUUGGCAUGUCCAAAAAUCAAUGAAGUGCUGUUGUGGAUGCAACGCAGUGUUGGUCAGGGCAUACUUUAUCCAUUAGGGGUCGUGCUUUUUUUUUUUUCUAAAGUCUAACUGCGCUUUAGCAAAGCACUCAAAAGACAUUGUGUAAUUGCCAUAUUUGUUUUACCUUCAUUUUUACAUUUGCAUGUAUGUAACUUUUGUAUAUCAGUGUCACAACAAGCUAACAAUUCCCAGAAAGUGUUCCAUUUAUUUGGUUGUUGCUUUGUUUCUUUUAAUUGUUUCACAACCUGGCUCAUUGAUGCUUGGCUUUUUUAGGCCACUUUUAUUCAAGUGACAUACUUAUUGCAUAAUCCAGUGAAACAAAACUAUAUCAUUUACCAUGAAUUAAUAAUCACAGAAAACUAAUAUAUCAUAACCUUAGAGUAUUCACUGAUCUUCUUUACUUGGCUGACACAUGUAUUUACCUCAACUAUAGCUUUCUAGUUUAUUUGCAACCAGUUUGUACACUGUGACAGAGCAGUAUGUGCUCAAUCUUCCUCUCCACACUGCUCAGGCUGAGUGAUGGCAGUUAAAGAACGAUAACAGACGAAAAUGAUCUUGCAUUGUUACAGAUAUUCAUAGGGAAAAAGGUCAAGAAUCAAAAUUUUGAAGAACAUUCUUUCAUUGUCAAUCACUCCAGUUGUUUUAUGUAUUUAUCUAAUAUAUGUUUCCCCUUAAGACGAUUUAAGAUUGAUAAGGGAUUUUUUUCUACACUGGUCACCAUUAAUUUCCUGUUCAUCAUGACACUUCGUGUGCCCUUACUUAUUCAUGUGUAUGUAACAAUGUUUUCAAAUGUCAAAUACCUGCAAGGCCAUUGUAUGGACAUGUUGAGCUUAGAUAUCAGAGCAGUCCCAUUUGCUUCUGCAGUCUCUGAUUCCUUACAGGGAAGUUUGUCCGUCCACAGGGACGUCACACCUUGAGGUUAUUUUCACUUGGCCUGGUACUCUUGGUUUCAAGGAAAUCAAAGUUUAUUUAUUUGUCAUCUUGUUGGAAUCAGUAAUUUAUUGUUAAAAGUCAUGCAAUUCAGUCUUUCUGCAUAAAGUUUAAUCAUUAUUUAACAUGGUGCUCAAGUGUCUGUUGAAGAAAAGAUGAAAUUUCAGUAAUCUAAGAGAUCCAAAUGUGAAAAGUUUUGAGUGCUGAUUUUAGGGUACUGAUUUAAUGUAUAAGGAUAUUGGCUAUAUUUGUCACCUCCUGUAUUCAUUUUUAAACAGUUUUGUUUGUUACGUUUCCUUUUUUUAUUAUUUAUAUUGGAGAUGUCUUCUAACUUAAAUUUUAUGUUUUUUAACUUACAUAGUUCUCUGUAUAUAGGGAGACAGCAACCAUUUUAUUCACAAAGUUGGUAUCAACAGCAAUUAUAUUUGGAUUAUUUAUUUAAACUUUUUUUUUUAUUUGUCCUUAAAAUAAAAAACCUUUAUGGUAGAAAACCAGAUUUCAAAAGCAUUGACGCCUGUUACACUCAAUAAAAUAUUAGCCUUUU